AGAUGUACCACUAUAUAAACAGUCGAACCUGCGCAUCUGUACUGACAAACAUAAACCAGGCCAGCUGAUCUCACUGAUAACUUCAAACCUCAUCAUGUCUGUCCCUGGAGCAUUCAGUGAGACAAAAGAUGCCACUAAGGAAACUCAGAAGCUCUGUGAUCAGGUGAAGCCCCAAGUAGAAGUGAAAACAGGGAAGAAGUUCAAAGAAUUUGUAGCUGUGAAUUACAGUGAUCAGAUUGUGGCUGGAAGAAACUUCCUCAUCAAGGUUCAUGUGGGAGACAUCCACUACAUUAUUCUGCAUGUCUUCCAAGCACUUGAUGGAGCAGUUGAACUGAAGGGUGCAUUGGACAACUGCACCAAAGACAACCCCCUCGUGCCUUUUUUAAACUGAUCACAUCGUCUGUUUCAAUGCUCAGCAACUCUUAUCAAAAUACUUGGUUCUGAAAUCAAUCUACACUGCAAAAUUCCUUUACAGUAAAGUAAUAGGCAAAUAUUUGGUGUUUCUAAAGAAUGAAUA